AUGGUCAUCCUGUGCCACAGGCAGCUUGUCAUUCUUCCAAUGGGUGGGUUUCAUUUCACAAUUAAAAAGGGAAGUCGGUACCACAGCCCUCUUUUGAUUCCCCAGGGCUCCACCUGCAGGUGUCGGCAGGCUCGCCGGUGUCUAAACCAGCCUCUUCUUUUCCUCUUGCAGGUUUUCUCUAUUGUCGUGUUUGGAUCCAUAGUGAACGAAGGCUAUGUGAACAGUCACAGCAACACGCUGCAUUGUGUUUUCAACCAGAAUGACGAUGCCUGCAAUUAUGGGAUUACCAUUGGGGUGGCAGCGUUUUUUGCUUCCAUGUUCUUCUUCGUCCUGGAUAUUUACUUCCCCCAGAUCAGCAGCGUGAAGGACAGGAAGCGGGCGGUGCUAGCGGAGCUGGGCUUCUCAGGUUUCUGGACCUUCCUGUGGUUCGUGGGAUUCUGCUUCCUGGCCAACCAGUGGCAGCGCACCUCCCCCGAUGAGCUGCCUCUGAACCAGGGGGCCGACGCAGCCAGGGCUGCCAUUGCCUUCUCCUUCUUCUCUAUCAUCACUUGGGCUGGCCUCACUGUGAAGGCGCUUCUGAGAUACCGCCUGGGCACAGACAUGUCCCUCUUCACCACGGAGAACAUUGAGGGUAUUCCUGAUGCGGAGCCCUACCCUGGCUACCCAACAGGCAGCGGCAUUGAGAGAGCAGACACCUACCAGAGCCCGCCAUUCACCGAGAGCCUGGGCAGCGGCCCCAAGGGCUUCCAGAUACCAACCUACUAGGAGUAGGAAGCCAUGUAAACAUACAUCCGAUCUGUCCGUGGUGCAGCGGCGUGCGCUGGGUGGAUCGCUGCCAAGUAUAACAUGAAGUCAAUUCUGAUGUGGCCUAUCGCUAAUGGGCUUACCUUGUUUAUAGGUAGUUGUGACCUCUGUACAGGUUCAGUAUGCUAGUUGUGUUUUAAUCUUUGUUCUGAUAUGUAGGUUUUAGUUUGGGGAAGUGGUGUCUAUAACACCUACAGUGUUCCCUCUGAGUCCUGGCCUGUGUAGCGACAGGUGUUGGUAACAACCCUGAUACUUUCACUCCUUGUUUCAACAAUAGCUUUCUCGCUCUCUCUCUCACUCUCUCUUCAAUAUAAACAGCCAAGUCUUACAGGAAGAAGUAAUGGGGUUUCAUCACAGCCAAAUCAGAUCCUGCUUCUUCUGUCUAUUGCUGCAGCUUAAUUGGCUAAAUAUACAGAUUGAAAAACUGUACCAUGCUCAAUUUAGACACAUGCAAAGGGAGGGGUGCCAUAGAAAUACAGCAGUUCUGCUGUUCGGAUGUACAGGCGUGUGGAUAAAUGUUCGCGUGCCAUGUGUGCAGUAUUGCAUUAGUUAACAAAUCUGUCUGGAUUCUGAAGCUUAUUGGGGUUUGCAGAUUUAAGAACCCCGAUUUUAAAUUUGAAUGCAAAAUACAGAAGAACAGUGCAAAUUUAUAGCCUGCAGUACCCAUGUAUGUUUAGGAAUCUGUAAUUGAAAUAAUUCAGACACAUGCCGCGUCACACGAUAUAUUUAUUGACUCUGAUUAUAUUUAUUCCACAGGGCCGUAUUAAAAGACGCUAAGAAAUGAAUCAAAAUGCAUUUUAUGAAGUGCUAGGUAAAACCUUCAAGGGUAACAGCAAUCACUUGUAACUGUAAGAUGUUUGCUAUCAUUUACAAUUCACUGCUGUAAAAAUGUGCCAAUAAAAUCUGUUAGAAAAAAACGAAAUAAAUGACAUUAAGCAAUAGAGGUCAGCAUUUUGUUUUGGAGUUCAGUUUCAUAUCAGAGCUGUACUUCCUAGCCUAUGUGUUUUGAAUUAGCUUUCUUCAGUGGGAGCACUGGGUAGGAACUCAACGCAGCACGAAGACACUUCAUUGUACUGUAGAUUAAGAUUUGUUAAGUGUUUUCCAAUCUUUACUGCUUGUAGUGCAAAAUCAAGGAACUGUGUCUCUUAUGGUGUAUUAGUUCUGUUAAGAAAGUUUUUUUAAAGUGCAGUGUUAUUCUCUGCUAAUCUAUAGGCCGUAGUGCUGUAAGUAGGGUUAUCCAAGUGUUACAAAGUGAAAUUCUGUAAGAUCACCGUGCCUGCGUCAUCAUUAUUAUUGUUACAUCAUUAUUUUAAAUGAGGAAAUAUGUCUUCAAAGAGCUUCUACCGAAAGGGAUCUUCUCAAAAGUUUGGAACACUACACACUGCAACAAUGUAACAAGGCUUUGCCAUUCUGACUGUGGCAUUGAUGCUGUUUAAAGAAUACCAAAAUAAAAAUAAAUACAUUGUAUCAUGCAUACUUUUUUUCAUAUUGCAACCUUCUCUACCUUAACUUCAGUUUGCCUUUGUGUAAAAUCUUACUGUGUAGACCAGACUUGCGAUUCAAUUUUACAACCAGCCACACUUCAAACUAUCUGCUUUGUUGAGACACCAGUAUGAGUGACAUGGGCCUGGCAUGUUCUAUCAGUGUUAAUACCCUACUGUAGAGUCAUAAGAAAAUCUUGUGACAUACCUUGAGACCUGCAUCCGAUUGCAUGUGCAGUAAAACCUUUCUAAACCAAACAAAGCUGCUUUUAAAUUAGCCUGCUUCUUAAUUAUUACCUUUUCUUUAAAAAAAGAAAAAAACAAAAUUAGUUUAUGGCAAACAUGUAUAUGCAUUAGCGAAGGAAUACCUUCUACAGUUAAGAUCAGCAAAUGUUUAUAUUAGAAGUAUUGAUAUGAAUUACACAUGCCGUAGAAGAUCAGAAGAUACAGGUCCCUCUAGAAUGAUUUCAGUCCUUUUAAUACAGGGAAUGAAUGCUCUACCCGGAUUUUGCCAUUGGGUUGUACUUUUUGUUGAAGUCGUGUCAAAACUUUUGAGACAAUCCUUAAGGGGGAGUAGUGGGUAAGGGCUGGGAGUUAAUGUUAACUAUGCAGUUUUUAAUAUCUGUGGUAGCACAUCUCUAAUGUAUCUGUAAUAGGAUAUUGUACACAGAGUGAUAUUGAUUGUACUUCUAUAUAUAUAUUAAUGGACUCGUGUUUAUUCGUGUUCAGGAUCUGUUGUGUUUUCUUUACUGACAAUGCACUCCUGUUAAAAUACUUCUCGGAUCACUUCACUGAGAUCAGUGCGACCUUUAAUAUAGAAUUAUUAUGUUUUGUUUUUCAGCUCCAUCUCUAUUAAUAAUACACUGU